GGCACGUAAGAAUGGUUAAUAACGGUAUUCCAAGCCCGAGGUCGUUGCGAGAGAGCUCUUCUGACCAUACUGUUGCUACUCAACUUAAAGCACGCGAUCUGCCGUCACUAUCAACCCUGUCGAUCACUCAGAGCACUCCGACAGACGAAUAUCCUGUUUGUUCUUCAGGCGACAUCCUCGUACGUGCAGAUUUGACUACACCAUCCAAGAAGUGGCAGCUUCACAGCACAGUCCUUACUCGACACUCCGCCUGGUUUGCACGAUCUAUCUGAGAACAAUAAGCAACGACGGUAGAGAGGCUCAAGUCGUACCUCUAUAUCAUCGAGGAAGUCGAUGGUCAGAUCCAAAUGACACGUCAAAGCACUCAAUGGCACCAAACCCCGUCGUAGAGUCGAUUGAGCCCGGUGGGUUUAAUAAAGUGAGGCUCAAGGUUGAAGACAACGUCGAAGAUGCAACACACGAUGCUAUUAUCGAAGUCUACAACAAGAUAUUCGGAGCCUUCUACAGCAUCCUACCACACAUCACAGCCAAUGACAUCAAGACCGCUACAUUUCAAACUGAACAGCUCGUCAAAGUCGCACGAGAUCUUGGCUGCGUCCACCUUGUCUCUUCACAUGUCGGUAACGCUCUCCUUCAAUACCGGCAAUCCCUAUACAAGGCCAUUCUUGCCGACCCACCACGUUAUCUCCUCGCACUGGUACUAGAAAACGAUUUCAUAUGUACCGAGUCUCUCAUCCACAUCGUUGGCGCGUAUCCGUACUGGCCCUGGCCAACCGAACGUUCAGCCCUCCCCGAAGAAAUGAAGCGCCUUAUCGCCAGAAAGUCACAAGAGCUAGACACCGAAGCCCUAGAAGCAGAACGCGAACUCUUCCUGCUAACCAUAACGUCCCCUACUCCCCAGAACACCAUUCGCACUUCGAUACUUGGUUCAUCAUGCAACUCAUCCGCGACACUUUGACCACUGUACUUCCGGCAACACGACGCGUCAAAACCGUCUUUCAGGCGCGGGAGUCUUUUCUGCAAAAUCAGAGCGGGUGGGAGUCAAUAUAUGGUGUAUGAGGAGGUGAGGAGGAUGGUGCAGAGAGUCAUGCCGAGUGCGGUGGACACGUUGGGCGAGGAUUUGAGGAUUUUGAAGCAGUUUGCGAGUGGUAUUGUGAGGGGGUUUGGCGAGAAACGAGUGGAGUCUUGAUGU